UAGGCUGUGUGUAUACCCUGAAAAGGGCAUUGCUUCAUCGUUUUCUUCUUUCUUCUCCUCUGCUGCAGAAAUGGCUUCCACUUUCAUCCCUCUUCUCAACCUCCCCACUCAAACAGCCAUUAAAGCCACUCUAAUCCCUCACUUCUUCGUCCUCAAAUCCUGCCACCGUUCCUCUCUCCCUCUUCUCUCCUCAAAACCCGCAAAAUCCGUCACCGUUCGCAUGUCCUACAACCCUACUCCGGCCACCGACCGCCUCAUCUCCGCCGUCGCCUACACUCUCCCCUUCUUCAACUCCCUCCAGUACGGCCGCUUACUCUUCACCCAGUACCCCGUCCUCGGCCUCGCCUUCGAGCCGAUUCUCCCUAUUCUAGGGCUUUAUCGCUCGAUCCCACACUCGAGCUUCAUCGCCUUCUUUGCGCUCUACUUGGGCGUUGUCCGGAACCCUAACUUCAACCGCUACGUGAGGUUCAAUUCAAUGCAGGCGGUGACUCUGGACGUGCUGUUGGCGGUGCCGUUGUUGAUACAGAGGAUUCUGAGUCCCGGUCCGGGCGGAUUAGGGUUCCAGAUUAUGGUUUGGGGCCAUAAUGGAUUGUUUCUUUUCAGUGUUUUGUGUUUUGUUUACAGGCUCGCUUCUUGCCUUCUGGGUCGGACCCCUCACUUGCGGCUUGUUGCUGAUGCUGCUGGGAGGCAGAUUUAGGCUUAGGGAUGUUUUAGAUAACGAAGAUGAUGGAAAGAACAAUGAAGAUGGAGGAGACUUGUCAAGGGAAAGAGGAUUUGAUGUGGGUUCUUAGUUAGAAAGUUGGAUAUCAAACUUGAUUAGGUCCACGAUCGAUUGUGCUCGACUUUUGAUACGACGAAGCCUUCCAUUUUGUGGACAAGAUGAAACUGGAUAUUAGAAAAUCCAAGAGUAACGGUAGGAAAUAUCCAAGAUGAGAUCCUACAUCGGUUGGAGAGGAGAAUGAAGCAUUGUUUAUAAGGGUGUGAAAACCUCUCUCUAGUAUAUACGUUUUAAAACCUUUAGAUUGUUAUAUCUAACAAAAAUGGUGUAAGUUGUACUGCUACAGAAAUGGUUGAUGGAAUCAUUCGAGAUAUUAGUGAGAUGAUAAAUUAGUUUUGAUUGAUGAAUCAAAAGAUAUAUCUUCAAA